AUGGUUCAUUUCAUUUCAGUAAUUCUCGUCCUAGUGACUCUAUUUCAGUGUGGUUUUGCUGAGGAAACCAAAUGCAAUCUUUGGCAAGGAAAAUGUCCACCAGGCUGGAAAACGUUUGUCCGUCCACCAGCAGCUCGAAUCUGUCUUCGAAUCUUCCAUCAGAAUGCCACUUAUCUUGAAGCUCAAAACAUUUGUCGCAAGCAAUACAACUCAAGAGUUCAUGGAGUUGCGAACGUUGAGGAGCAAGCAUGGCUGAAAAUGAAAGCAAAACAAGUGAUUACGGAGAAUCCAGGAUAUAUGUGGAUCGGAGCUCGUCGCAAGGCCAAUUGUUACCAGACUCCAGCAGAAAUCAGUAGAUCCAUUAAUUGUAAGAAGGAACAAGGAUGGGACGAUCAACACACAACCGGCAACUUCAUGUUCACUCAAUGGGAUGUAAAAAUCGGUGCACCGAAUGGAAUUAUAAGUAAUGGAGCUCCAGAGGAUUGUGUUGUUAUGAAUGUCCAUGAAAACGUUGGAUACAUUGAUGACAAAAACUGUGAUCUGCCUCAACCUGGAUUCCUUUGCGGUUUGAGCGACUGA